AUGUCAUCAUCGGGCAAAUCCUCAUUCUUCUCGAGGAAUAAGAAGGAGAAGAGGAACAACAGCGAUGAAGGACGACAACUCUCGUCUGCGGGUGCAGGAAACAAUGAUGCAGCAAGUGGUAGAGGAUCGCAAUCUUCAAGGCAUGCAAGAAUGUCUUCUGUUGCCUCGGAAGAUGCUCCCGGAUCGCCUGUUACGGAUUUGACAGGAAUCAAUACAAUGGCUGGUGUGAUUACUUCGAUUCCAUAUGACAGUGUUAUGGCAGAUGGCCGGUCGCCAAUACCAGUGGAUUAUUUACCUAGGAGCGAUCAAGUACCUUUGAGGAGAGAACCACUCCCACAUCAUCUGAAUAUGAAUGGAAUGGAUUUUCAUCAAUACCCCGCUUCAGAUACAGCAUCUAUCAAUGGCAGUUCACAUCCUACGGGCCCUCGACCUCCACCGGUGGGAAGUAAUGUAACCAUGUCAUCGACCGGCAAUCGCACAACUCAAUUACAGCAUUGGGGACCUAAUCGAACGAGUAUCGCGAGCACGGUAAAUGGAAGUCACAAUUCAAGGUACGAUUCUUAUUCUACUAAUCAAUCCUCGAAUUAUGGUGGCCGUAUUUCUUUCGAUCAGCAAAGCAUAGAUUCUAUGACGGAAAGAUCUAGCGUUCUCUCAUCAGGAAGUUCUGCGAAAACGGCUUUGCCAGGUUCUUACUCGAAUGGUUCGUUAUCGCCAUCAUAUCAGCCAGGAGCAGGAAGAGAUCAAAGAAUAACAAAACUACCUCAACAUCUUAGCGCAGCAGGAUAUAGUGCGCCAGUCGCAUCGCCGGAUGGAUUUAAACUCAACAAACCCAACGACGAUAGGGUUAUCGAAGAACAAUUUUUGUCACUGAUGCAGAAAAGAGGAUGGCACAAUUUACCCGAUCAAGCGCGCCGACAGAUGAUGGCUUAUACUCCAGCGAAAAAGUGGACUUUAGUACAUCAAGAUCGCUUAACUGAAUGGCAAGGAGAACAAAAAAGGCGAACGAAUGCUCGGCAAACAGGUCAAUAUGGUUCUGCUAUGGAAAUGCUUUUGAAUGCGGAGGAAGAGGGAACUCCGGAAUGGUUCGUGAGGAAGGUUAUGGACAAUAGCAUUUCAGCGAAGCAAUUACAAAGUCUAGCAGUCAGCCUUCGAACUCAACCAAUUGGUUGGGUGAAAACCUUUGUGGAAUGCCAGGGCCAGGUUGCUCUAACCAAUGUACUCGGAAAAAUAAACCGGCGACAAGCUCAAGGACCGACUGGGCCCGAAGGAUCGAUCAGCGACAAGGAUUUGGAUAGGGAAUAUGACAUUUGCAAAUGUCUGAAGGCUCUGAUGAAUAACAAAUUCGGUGCCGAUGAUGCUUUACAACAUCAACAAGUCAUUGUGGCUUUGGCUACCUCCUUGGUAUCACCCAGGAUUCCAACGAGGCGGGUCGCCAGUGAAGUCUUAACAUUCUUGUGUCAUUGGGCAGAUGGGCAAGGUCAUUUGAAGGUUAUUCAGGCUAUGGACUAUGUGAAAAAUCAACAGGGUGAAAAUGGACGGUUCGAUGCAUGGAUGCGUGUUGUUGAAGUCACUGUUGAUGGACGUGGAAAAAUGGGAAGUCUUGUGGGGGCUAGUGAGGAAGUUAGAAGUGGUGGUGCUGGCAUGGAGAAUCUGCUCAUGGAAUAUGCUUUGACUACUAUGUUCUUGAUUAACAUGGUAGUUGAUGCUCCUGAGAGGGACUUACAACUCCGUGUUCACAUUAGAGCUCAAUUCACAGCAUGCGGUAUCAAGCGAAUUCUCACGAAGAUGGAAGGCUUCCAGUACGAUGUUCUCGACAAGCAAAUCGAAAGAUUCCGUACGAACGAAGCUAUCGAUUAUGAGGAUCUUCUCGAGCGUGAGAAUAGUAGUAUGAAGGAUAGUAUCGAAGGGGAAAUCAAAGAUCUUACUGACCCUGCUCAAAUUGUCGAUGCUAUCAUGCAGAAAGUUCAAGGCAGUAGAACUCAAGAUUACUUUGUUUCUGCAAUGCAACAUCUUCUACUCAUCAGGGAUAGCGACAGUGAGGAACGAUUGAGAAUGUUUCAACUUGUGGAUUCAAUGCUCAGUUAUGUCGCUAUGGAUAGGAGACUUCCUGACAUGGACUUGAAGCAAAGUCUCAAUUUCACAGUACAGAGUCUUUUGGAUAAGUUACACACAGAUUCUGAAGCUAGGCAAGCACUAGAUGAAGCACUUGAAGCCCGCCAGAUUGCCGAUUCGGCUAUGGCUGAAAGAGAUGAAAUGAGGGCUAGAAUUGAGCUUGGUGCAGAUGGACUUGUAGGCAAAUUGCAAAAACAGUUGGACGAGCAAGCACAAAUCAUUGAAGUUCAGCGAAGGCAAAUAGACGCAUUAAAGGGUGAGAUGGAAAAUAUUCAAACAGUUCGUGCCAAGGAAGCUCAAAGAAAUGAGCUCGAAACUAGAGAAUUAUACCUCAUGCUUCGUGAUGCACAAGAUAUCGCCGCAUCUAACGCUUCAAAGGGUGGAGCCGGUCUGGGUGAGACAGAUCCUUCACAUAUGAAAGGCAUAUUGGAUCGUGAAAGACUUAUGGAUCGUCUUGAGAUGCAAAUUGAGAGACAAAAGACACAGUAUAAGCUUGAGGGUAGAGUCUGGGGUGACGCUGCCGGUCCUUCUGAUCGUUUGAGAGCACUUCGUGAAGAAAUGGAUGGUGUAGAUUAUGGACCAGAUGGUGGUCUCGGAGUUCCUCCGGGAGAUUACACUCAUAGCAUUCUUGGAAACGUAACGAGAUCAGCCAAGAUUCCUAGAAAGCCGAUCGGCGUGGAAGAAUUCUCGGAUGUCUCUGAUAUGGAGGAAGAUGACGAAGGCAUGGUUUAUGAAAAGCCUCGUGUUGUCAAAGUGAGAAGACCAAAGCAAUCGAAGGGCUACUUGGACGAGAUGAGCUCUAAAGUCAAGCGUUAUGAUGCUAGCGAUGAUGAAGAGGAUGAUGGAAUUACUACCGGACCUUCACACCCAAGUCUUGAAUCCGACGGGCCAAAGACUCCUCAUGGCCCGAAUUCUUCAAGGACCGAUGGACCACCACAAGUGGCAGGACAAGGUCCUCCUGGUUUCAAUGGUCCACCUCCACCUCCUCCACCACCCCCCUCAGGUAUGCCAGGGCAAGGUCCUCCUGGAUUCAAUGGGCCACCGCCUCCACCACCUCCCCCCCCUCCUCCAGGUAUGAAUGCACCACCUGCACCAGGAUUCGGUGGACCGCCACCUCCCCCUCCGCCUCCACCUCCUCCUGGUAUGCCUGGUAUGCCUAGUAUGGGGGGACCACCACCACCUCCACCACCUCCUCCGCCUGGAAUGCCUGGCAAAAUGAGUGGGCAAUUUUUAUCACAACCAGCCUACAAUGCUGCACCAACACUUGGUAUGGGUGUUGCAAGAUCAAAGAAGAAGCUCAAGGUUAUUCACUGGGAGAAGGUUGAUACUCCUAUGACCACUCAUUGGGCUGCUCAUGCACCUACAGCAGCGGAGAAAGAAGAGAAAUAUGCCGAACUUACCCGUAAAGGUGUCCUUGAUGAAGUUGAAAAGUUGUUCUUAGCAAAGGAAAUCAAACAAAUUGGAAAGAGCAACAAGGCCAAGUCGGAUAAGAAACAGAUCAUCUCGAGCGAUUUGAUGAGGACCUUCCAAAUUUCUCUUGCAAAAUUUUCUACGUUUGCCCCGGAAAAAAUUGUUCAGAUGAUUAUCCAUUGCGACAAGGAUGUCUUAGAUAACCCUGUUGUGAUGGACUUUUUGAUUAGAGAUGACAUGUGUAACAUUCCAGAAAAUACGGCAAAGCUCAUGGCACCAUAUAGUAAAGACUGGACUGGGCCUGAUGCAAAUAAGGAGAAUCGCGAAUCGGACCCGAACGAAUUGACGCGCGAAGAUCAAAUUUAUCUACAAACGGCCUUCGAAUUACGUCACUACUGGAAGUCAAGAAUCAGAGCACUUUCGCUUACUCGUACAUUUGAACAAGAAUAUGACGAAAUUUCUGACAAGCUCAAACAAGUUGUUGCAGUAUCCGAAUCAUUACGAGACUCGGUAUCAUUGAUGAAUGUCCUUGGUUUGAUUCUUGACAUUGGUAACUACAUGAAUGAUUCUAACAAGCAAGCGAGUGGUUUUAAGUUGAGUUCCCUGGCACGAUUGGGAAUGGUUAAGGAUGACAAGAAUGAAUCGACCUUCGCUGAUCUCGUUGAACGUAUUGUCCGAACACAAUAUUCAGAAUGGGAAGGUUUUACUGAUGAUAUCGGCGGGGUUGUUGCAGCACAAAAGCUGAAUGUUGAGCAAUUACAACAGGAUGCCAGACGAUAUAUUGACAACAUCAAAAACGUUCAAAUGUCACUUGAUUCGGGUAAUCUCAGUGAUCCAAAGAAAUUUCAUCCACAAGAUCGUGUUAGUCAAGUGGUUCAACGAUCGAUGAAGGAUGCCAGAAGGAAGGCUGAACAGAUGCAACUAUUCUUAGAGGAGAUGAUUCGAACUUAUGAUGAUAUUAUGGUCUUCUAUGGUGAAGAUGCUGCUGAUGAGAAUGCAAGGAGAGAUUUCUUCGCUAAGCUUGCAAUUUUCGUAACUGAAUGGAAGAAGUCGAAAGAAAAGAACAUGAUCUUGGAAGCCACACGAAAGCGAAACGAGGAAUCGAUGAAACGGAAGCGAGCACAAAUCAAUGUUGGUGCCACAACAUCUGCUGGACCACCUUCACCAAGUUCCACGGGUGCUAUGGAUUCCUUACUGGAGAAAUUGCGAGCUGCAGCACCACAAGCUCGUGAUCAAAGAGAUCGAAGACGAAGGGCACGAUUGCAAAAUCGUCAUCAAGUUCGAGUUGCAUCUGGUCAAAAGAUUCCUGAUCCAGAUGAGAUACCAGAAGCUGAAAUGGGACUUAAGAGUCCUGAAUCAGUUAGCACGGAAGGUUUAUUGAGCCCUGACUUGCCACCCCCAAGAGAAGUCGAAAAUGAAACCGAUGACGUCGCUGAUAGAGCAGCGCAAUUGUUACAAGGCAUGAGAGGAGCUGAUGGGGCUGAUGAGGGAGAGGGAGAUGCUGCCAGAAGGGAUAGUGCUAGAAGAUCUAGAAGGAGAAAUAACGCAGAGGAGGAAAGAAACGAAAGACGUAGACGUAGACAAAAAGCUACAAGUACUUCCGAAGCUGCUAUCCCAGGGACAGAAGAAGAAACGAACGAGGAAGAAAAGUUGAAGGAAACUACGAUAUUGGUACCGGGGCCACCGUUGUCGGAAGAUGGUGAUAGACUACUUACGCCAACGAUGAUUGUUAGUCCGCCUGCAGAUUCAGAAGUCGAGGGGUCCCCGCAAAAACCGAUUGAAUUGGAUGAUUGA